CACCGGUGGCUCCCAUCCCUCAUCCCUCGGAGAGGCGCCCGCAGCAGAGACCCGCCGCGCAGGGACGCCAGCCCGCCAGCCACGAUGCUAGGUAGCAAGCGAGUGGGGCUGUGUGGACUGACCCUGGCUCUGUCCCUACUCGUGUGUUUGGGCAUGCUGGCUGAGGGGUACCCCUCCAAGCCGGACAAUCCAGGCGAGGACGCACCAGCGGAGGACAUGGCCAGGUACUACUCGGCUCUGCGACACUACAUCAACCUCAUCACCAGGCAGAGAUAUGGCAAGAGAUCUAGCCCCGAGACACUGGUUUCAGACCUUCUAAUGAGAGAAAGCACAGAAAAUGUCCCCAGAACAAGGCUUGAAGACCCUUCCAUGUGGUGAUGGGAAAUGAAGUGUACUCUCCCGACUUUUCCUGUUUUCCAUCCACGUCUCUUCUCAUCCUGUGACACCAAUCUGCCCCACCAAUGCAUGCAGCCACCAGGGCUGGAUUCUGCAUCGUUUUCCUUGUCAUUGUAUAUAUGUGUGUUUAAAUAAAGUAUCAUGCAUUCAAAAAUG